AUGGCAUCCCUGACUAGCACGAUUCAAUCUGGAUUAUUCUCGUACGGCAGACCCACGCCAACAGUUGCGGCAAGGCCACGGCGGAUGGUGGUGGUGAAAGCCGCGGAGGCAAUCAACCCAGAUAUCAGGAAAACUGAAGAUAAAGUGGUGGAUUCAGUCGUUGUCACUGAACUCGCCAAACCCCUCACUGCCUACUGCAGGUGUUGGAGGUCUGGGACUUUUCCUUUAUGUGAUGGAAGCCAUGUGAAGCAUAAUAAGGCUACGGGAGAUAAUGUUGGACCUCUGCUCCUCAAGAAGCAGUAA